UCCAUGCGAACGAGUUGUUUAGGACCCAAAUUGGUUCUAAGUAGAGCUUAGGUGGAGAAUUAAGAAGAUAUACCUGAAGAGCCUGAUGAUUUUGAACCAAUUAUCAUUUAAAGGAAGAAAAUUAGAUAUAAAUCAAGCAGGAUUGAUCGAUAUGAUAGUAAAGGAAGAAAGAUUGCAAAAGGUAGUGGAUAUGGAAUUAACUUUGAUAAUUUCAUUACAGUUUGCGUUUUCGAACCAGAUGAAGAAGUAGUUUAGAUUAAGGAUACUUUACAAUUGUGUACUUAAGGUAUAGAUAAAGAGAAAUUAAACCCUCGGCUUGAUCAAAAAUUCAAAGAAGAGUAAACAGAGAAUGAAGUUAUCUUAUUUUCAAUUCUUAAAUAUAGCAGAGAUAAAUGA